AUUUAUAUCAGAAUGAAUUUAUACAAUGUAGACGAUGAAAGAUUAAGAAAUCUUAAUAUUGAUUCUCAUGUAAUUGUGAACAUUGAAUAUUUCUGGACUGAUGAGAGAGUGAAAAAACUUUGUGAAGCAAUUUCGAAUUAAGAAGAUAUAUAAAUUAAUUUAGAUCUAUUUUAGUAAAACAAUAAAUAAUCUCAAGACCAAGAUCCUGUACUUAAAUUACUGAUUAAUGUUUUUAUUAUUUCGGCAAUUUAAUGCCCACAAAUUUAUUGGAACUUUCUUUAAGUAAUUGGGGAAAUCAAAAUUAUAAUAUCUCUGAUAUAGCCUUUAUUCAUUUAGGAAAGGCUUUUAAAAGUUUAAAGAUUUUGAGGUUGAAUCUACAAUAAUGGGGUCAUAAAGGAUGCAAAAUAUCAAAUAUUGGGGUAGUUUAAUUAUUUAAAAGUCUGCCAAUAUAAAUUCAGGAAUUGGAGCUUAAUCUUAAUAAGUAUGAUUGACAAGAUUUCAAGAUUAGGAUAUAGAAAUCUUAACAUUACUGGACCCUCAUUUGUAGCUAUGGGAGAUUUUAUUGAAAAGCUAGAGAAUUUAAGAAAUUUAACAUUAAAUUUAGCAGAGUAUUUUUCAUUUACAAUUAUAAUAUUAGUUGGGGAAAUGAUUAUAAUAAAUCUCUAGAAUUAUUUUCUAAUGAAGAUCUUCAAUACUUAAUCGAAAAGAUUUUUACUUUAGAUCUUGAAAAAUUGCAUCUGGAUUUAACAGGUUUGGGAAUGAAUGGAAGCAAAAUUACUGAAGAAAGUGCAUUUUAUCUCUUACAAAAUUUAUAAUUAGCAAAUAUUUAUGAUUUAAAUAUUUUAUUAUAAGGAUGGAUAUGUAAUGUUGAAGUGAAGAAUUAGAUUCUGAAUAUGACAAAGGAAAAAUAAUAAUUAAAAAAAUAAAUCUACUAAUUUCUAGCUAUUAAUUCUUUGGAAGUUUCAACUUAAGAUAGAAUGCUUGAUGAGAUAUUAGCAAAGUUAUGA